AUGCUGGAUCUCAGCUUUCUCACAGAAGAGGAGUAUGGGAAGCUGAUGAAGGUGCUGCAGAGGGAUGCCGAGUUGAAGAAAAGGGAUGGAGAUCGUAUCAGGUAAGAAGUCAGGGCUGUAGCAAAGUAUUUACAAUUUCUGAGAGGUUAAGUUUCCUGGUAGUGAUGAUGGUGAUGAUGAUGUUGAUGCAAGGGUCACCAGCAUGGUGCACACAGACACAGUGGCACCCUUAAUAUUUGCCCCUGGCAUCCAAGAAGCCUCUGACUCCUCCCACUCACUUCCCCCUUGCUCAUGAGUUGGUAAGGGUGGUUGCCUCCCCUGCGCCUUGAAAAGUACUGCUCAAGUGAUGCUCUUUCUCAAUUUCCUCUUUUAUUUCCAUGUGCUUUAUUGAGCUCAUAUUCCACUGGAUUUGGCUUUAACCCAGAUCCCCUGGAAAGAUAAAGUGUGUGUGUGUGUGUGUGUGUGUGUGUGUGUACAUGCUUUCUUCUGUCUUGGUGGGGAUCUGAUCUGGGAGAAGUGGGAGAGAAGUGACCAAAGCAGGUGGCACCUACAGUACCUGCUCAAAAAUCUGAAUGUGCCCCAAAACCUGAAGUUCAGUUGUUCUCCCUGUGACAGCAGGUUUGCUUUUUGAAAUGUGAAUGAAUCAGCAUACGGCGCUGCGAGAAAAAGGACAAAUUCCCAUAUUCAUGCUUGAGAAGCUGUCCAUUUUUCUAAAAGAAACCCCCCAAACUACUACUUUUAUGCUUCCAUCCUUUCCAAAGAGCUUGGGGCAGUGUAUGUGUCUCCUACUUUUAUUAUCACAAUGAUCCUAUGAGGUAGGCAUAGCUAGCUGCUUGGGGGCCUACAGGGCAGGGCAAGCUGGGGCAGAGCACACAGUGCAGAACCUCCCCAGAGUCUGCAAGCCCCACGUUGCCGUUUCAGGCAGCGCGGAGCCUGCAGGUGCCCAAGCCGCCGCGUCACUCCCCAGGAGAGAUGUGUGGCUCGGGCGCGUUGCAGGCCAGGCCCCGUGGUCACCAUACUCAGUGAUGACACUCGGGGUGGCCCGCACCCCCCUUCCUACGCCACCAGGUAGGGGGAGGCUUAGAGAGAGGGGGCUAGGAUUACUCAGCUUGAGUAGGAAUUUUAAUUCAGGACAUCCCAGCCCUAGACCCCUUAUUGUUGUUAGUACCUGUCUGUCUCAAAAGACAAUGGAGUGUGUCUCCGGAGGUGAAGUCAAACCACUGUGUUAGCAGCAUUGCAGUGACCUCCCCAGGGCACAAGCCCAGGCAGGGUAUUUGGAGGUUCUGGGCUGCCGAGACAACAAGACCCCCAUCCUGGUCUUGCUGAUAUGGUCCAAAGGAAAGCAGAGCAAUGUGUUCGGCACCAGCUUGGUGUACAUGGUAGUGUCCAACCGGCUUAGGGACUCUACUCUGGAUUUGUGUAGGGUUUACUCCUUAACCUUUUCUUCUCCCAAAGAUAUCCUGCAAAGCGUUGGAGGGUCAGAGUUUUCCUUCUCCUAGAUGAGCUACCUCCCAGGUUGACGAGCCCCACCUGUCCCUCAACCCAUUAUGCCCCACUACAUAAUAGUUUGACCAAAGGCUUUCUUAAGCUGGAACUCAGUUCUGGCACCUCUCAGUGCAAUUGCCAUUAUAAGAGAACAAGGGAAGUUUUCAUGGUGAGUUCCAGCACCUCUUUUCCUAGAAAAAUAGCACUGGUAUGACCUAGCCCAAACCAGCUUUCAAUUACCUGUGUGGUGAUGAUCUCUGCCCUUAUGGCUGCAGGCUUCAUGAAUUCUUGCAAAUCAGGGAUGGAGCAACUGUGCUCCUCCAGAUGUUUGUUGAACCAACUGCCAUCAGCAUAGUCGGGGGUGAUGGGAGUUGUAGUCCAGCAACAUCUAGAGAGGCCUGGCAGGGGCUGAUGGGAAUUGUAGUCCAAAGUUCCUGCAGGGGACCAAGUUGUCAAAGGCUGCUCAGGGGACGGGGGGGGGGGAGGUUUACUGUCGCUUCUACGAACGGCGCCUUCCCAACCUAUUCGUUUACUUUCAAAAACUGAAUGUUUCUUGUUGGCGGGAAAAUCUUUAUUGGACCUUCUUCCAAUAAAGUCUAAUAUUUGCACACCGGUAUAAAAAAGUGAAACACAAAAUAGUCGAGCAGAGGAAACACAAUAAAAAGUCAAUAAAGCAAUAAAAUCAGAAGAGAAAGUGGGAAGAGAGACAAUGAAAACCAACUGACAAUGUUGCACAUCCCGAAUAAAUCAAAAUGUUUUUAUUUGGCGCCAAAAAACCCCAACAAAUUUGGCCCUAGGAGACUCGUGCAAAGGAUUUUACAGCAACUGUAGUCCUAAAUUAGCAGUGAGCUGGGAAUUUCUCCAAUUUCUUUUCAGCCAUUCUCCAAUUGGGCCACAUCCAUGCUAUACAAUCAAAACUCUAUUAUACUACUUUAACUGUAAUGAAUUCCCUCAAAGAAUCUUGGGAGCUGUAGUUUGUUAAGAGUCUGCAGGAUCAGACCAAUGGUUCAUCUUGUGUAGCAUCCUGUUCUCAAGGAGGCCAGCCAGACGCCUGUGAGAAACCCACAAGCAGAGGUACAAUUUCCAGAGUUCUCUGGGAAGAGGGAUUGAUUGUUAAGCUACUCUGGAGGAUUGUAGCUCUGAGCGAUCAGAGACAUGGUCUGGAAUAUCCCCCCCAAAGGCAAAAAUCUUCCUAUGGCUAAGCUGUUCGUAGUGACUUAGCAAACUCUGUUCUGGCUUAGGAACACAAGUUAUAAUUCACUGACAGACGUUUUCUUCAUGUUGAAUGAAUGUACAUACAAGACGGAGGGGGAGUGGCUUCACAAUGGCAAGCUUCACUCCCAACCAUCCCCAUAUAUUUUUCGUUUAUUUUAUUUAGCAAGACCUAUAUACCACUUGGGAUGCGGGUGGCACUGUGGGUUAAACCACAGAGCUCCUCCACAGGUCAAACCAAAAGUUAUGUCGUCCGAAGAUGUUCUGGCACAUGCACUUGGAAAAAUUAAUGAAUCUUUGGAAAAUUUAGCUAAGCAGGUAGCUGAGACAAAUAAACAAGUAGCUGAAGCAUCAGUUAAAAUUGACCUGAAUACAACAAGCAUAAAUAAUUUGGGACAGAAGGUGAAUACCAAUACAGAGUCUAUUGAAAAAUUAUUACAGGAAUCUGCUUCGACCCGAAAGAUAGCUGAAGAAGCAAAAGAUAUAGCAACUGCUACUCAAGAGAAGUUACCACCGGUAUACAAGCAAUUGGAAGACCACGGUUUGACACUGUCUAUGAUUGAAUUGAAAGGGAAACAAAGAAAUUUAAGAAUCAGGGCUGUACCAGAACAUGAGAAAGACAAUUUGGCUGAAUUUCUUACACAGGAAUUCACAGAUUUUUGGCAACAGGACAUGGGGAAGGAAGAAUUUAAGAUAGUGAGUGCAUUUAGACUUGGAAGAGGACAAAGGAGGAACAAGGUGAGGGACUGCUUGAUUACUCUUCGAACAAAAGAGGAGAGAGACAAAAUUUUGAAUCUGCACUAUCGAAAGACUUUGGAAAUUGACGACUCAAGUGUGGAGAUAUUUAAGGACAUUCCAAAACAUCUUUUGGACUUAAGGCUUAACUACAGAGACCUAGUUGCCCUGUUGAGAAGAAAUAGAAUUCUCUUUAGGUGGGAAUUUCCUCAAGGCCUAUCCUUUAAAUACAAAGGAAGAAAGAUAAAAAUAAGAUCAGUCAACGAUAAAGACAGGUUUUUGAAAGACCACGAAGAAGAUCUACAGAAAGAAGCGGAAUCCGGAGAAGAGCCAAAAGCACUGGUAAAAGGAAUACUAGACAUAGCAAACUUAUCUUUUGGAUUGCACGGCCCAGAGAAAGAGACACCAUCGACAGAACAAGAACAUAUGAAAAAAGGGUUAUAAAUAGGUAAAAAUCUAAUGCUAUUAUUUUUAAGAUCAAGGAUUAGGAUAAUUAAAGAGGGUAAGGAUUUGCUGAACCAACAGAUUGAAGUGGAAUACAAAAAGGGAAGUAUGAGGAGGUCCGGGAAACAAGCUAAAGGAAAAUAAGUAAUGGAAAAUCUGUGUGUUUUUAACCAUUUUUAUUUUGUAUUUUUGUUAUUUUUUUCAUUUUUAUUGUAAUAUUUAAAAAAAUCUUAAUAAAUAUCUUAUAAAAAAAUAAAUAAACCACAGAGCCUAGGACUUGCCAAUCAGAAGGUUGGCGAUUUGAAUCCCUGUGACGGGGUGAGCUCCCAUUGCUUGGUCCCUGCUCCUGCCAACCUAGCAGUUCAAAAGCUCAUCAAAGUGCAAGUAGAUAAAUAGGUAGUGCUCCGGCGGGAAGGUAAACGGUGUUUCCAUGCGCUGCUCUGGUUCGCGAGAAGCAGCUUAGUCAUGCUGGCCACAUGACCCGGAAGCUGUAUGCCGGCUCCCUCGGCCAGUAAAGUGAGAUGAAUGCCGCAACCCCAGAGUCGUCCGCGACUGGACCUAAUGGUCAAAGGGACCUAAUGGUCCCUUUACCUUUAUAUACCACUUAAUCAAAGAGUAUCUCUGAGUGGCAUACAAAAAAUGGUGUAAAAUGUUCAUUCAAAAUUAAUAAAAUCAGACUGAUAUGUUAUUAAAUUCAGGACUUUGGCUCGGCCAGUAGAAAAAUAGAAAUAAAAUGAUUUGUUACUGUUUGUUCCUGGGACAAAUUUAGGGUGUUGCUGGUAACAGAUAAAGCUUGCCAAAGCUUGUGACCGCUUUAUUUGAAGAAUUUUCUUACCAUAUAUAUUUGCCCACUCAACCACUUUCAACUGCAAAACUGGCACUUUUACAAGUGUGAUAUAAUAUUCUGUGAGAAAUACAUAUUUUAGUGUGGCAGCACAAGCUCUCUGGAACUCCCUGCUUAUUGAUAUUAAGCAGGCAGCUUCUCUGGAUUAUUUUUGACGCCAGCAAAAAAAAGGUGGGUUUUUUUAGGCAAGACUGCCUUGACACAUAGGGCUCAUCCACACUUCAUUUUGUGCCCCUUUUCUAGGCAGACAUUCAUGGCUGCCAGAUCUGUAUCCAAGUGGUUUUGUUUUGGAUUAUUUUGGUCCUGGUGCUUUCCCUGGGGGGAGGGGGGGACAACAUGUUUUGCUAUUGAAUCAGAGCAGUGGCAAUCAGAUUUCCCACAGAUUGCUGUUUGCUCCAAUUCAGCAGUAAAAUGCAGGUUUUCUCUGAGUGCCUCUGUGCACUGUGUAAAUGCAAGGCUCUGGCACUGAUUUUCCUUUUCAUUUCUGCUAAGGCGAUUGGAAGGCUCACUGAAGGAUGAAAAGAAGAAGAAAUUUGUGACUGGACAAUGGUUCCAUGAGGUGAAGGCACAGCGCUUCCAGGAGGCAUUAGAAGGCUCAGAACUACUCCGAGCAUCGAUUAAAAAGAAAAAGGGUAACUUUGACCGUAAGUACACAGUAGUAAGCCAGAGGCACGGUUCAGAUGAUCCUCUAAACCAGUGUUUCCCAAACUUCAGCUGGUUUUGGACUACAAUUCCCAUCAUCCUUAGCUAAGCAGGACCACUGGUCAGAGAUGAUGGGAAUUGUAGUCCAAAAACAGCAGGUGUCCCCCAUUUUGGGAAACCCUGCUCUAAAACAUUGUUUGGAUGGCAGAAAGACACCACAGCUCAUGUCCUUUCUCCUCCCUUCUCACACGUGUCUUACAGAAACCACCUUCAUAACUUCUAAUUCUAAUUCCUGUUGUUGGAGCACUAACCAUUGUUUGUCAUCAUAGCAAUCUGUGGUUAGAAAGCAUGCUAGGUAUGUUACCUGUAAGUCACCUUGGGUCAUUUUAAGAAAAGUGACUAAGAAUGUAAUAAUGGUGACAAUACUACUUUUAUUAUUAUUAUUACUAUUAUUAUCAACAUUAUUAUUUCUCUAUUUAUUAUUAUGGCCAAAGAACCUCAAAACAACAUACAAGAAGGUUUAAAACUCAAAGUGAUGUUUUGGGCACCUGAAGUUUGCUUCAUUUGCAGCUCUAGAAACCCAAACACUUGGAUAAUGGUUUUGGGGUUUUGCUGGCCCCAAAAGUAGGAAAGAGGAUGAUGUAUGUCGGGUUCCUUUAAACAAGAUGGAAACAGUUAUUCCCGCUUCUGCUCUCUCACCUAUACCUUCCAGCUAAAAUCCACAUGCAUUAACUUUCAUUCUCAUAUUCUGGCUGUGCUUUAGCACAUGGAAUAUUUUUUGGAGUUUAGUCAUUUGUAUUUUCCAGUGGUGUAAUGGAGGCAGACUUUUUCCAGAAUACAGGUAAUGACAUUAUCUACCUCAAUGUCAGGGUAAUUGACAGGCUCUCCUUGCUCUAGCACAAGGGUCAGCAACCUUUUGGCUGGUCCACCGUCCCUCAGACCAUGUGGUGGGCCGGACUAUAUUUUGGAAAAAAUAAAUAAAAAUGAACGAAUUCCUAUGCCCCACAAAUAACCCAGAGAUGCAUUUUAAAUAAAAGGACACGUUCUACUUAUGUAAAAACACGCUGAUUCCCAGACUGUCUGCGGGCUGGAUUGAGAAGGCGAUUGGGCCGCAUCCAACCCCCGGGCCUUAGGUUGCCUACCCCUGCUCUAGCAAGUGAAAAAGGAGAUAACAAGGCUUUCAAGUUUGUUUGCAUCAGGUUAGCAUAUGGAAAGUCAGAGUGAGGAAAGCAAUCAAGUAGUAGCUGAAUACUUCAAGUUUUCUCUUUGAUAGAGUUCCUGCUUUCGCAUGAGCAGGGUCAACGGCAACACUUUUUUUGCUAGAUGAUAUGCAUUUCUAAAUAAAAGCGAAAGGUGGCAUUUCAGAUGGCUCAACAUCUUUGGUUAAAACUCAGUGUGUUUUGCAAGUUGUGCAGUCAGAAGUAAACCCCAAUGAGUUCAGUGACUUUUAUUUCCAGGAAACUAAGCAUAAAACUGCAGUCAUGGUGAUCCUAAUGAAUAGGGUAUUCUACUUUGCCCUUAAACACUUUUGGGUGUGUGUAGGGAUCAACACAGAACACAUGAGCAACAUUCAAGGUGCUGGUGUAUGAAGCCCUAUACAGCAUGCGACCAGGAUACCUGACAGAUUAUCUCUCGCCUUGUAUUGCCAGUUCAUCACUGCAUUCUACAGGCGAGGGCCUCCUGCUGAUACCAUCUUAUCAGGAGGCCCAUUACACAAAGUGUGGAAACUGGGCCUUUAGUGUGGUAACACCUACCCUUUGGAGUUGCCUCUCCUUAAAUAUUAGUCAGGUGCCAUCUCUCUUGUCCUUUUGGAACCUAAUGAAGACCAUCCUCUUUCAACAAGCCUUUUAAGUUGAGGUCUUUCCCAUUCUGCAUCUGUAUGGGAAGUGUGCUUUUAAGAUGUUUUUAGCGUUUCUCUCUUGUUGUUUGCUGCCCUGGACCCCUUUGGGAGGAAGGGUGGGAUAUAAAAUAGGCAGAGGGCCUUCUUGGUAGUGGUGCCCCUCCCUGUGGAACACCCUUCCAUCAGAUGUCAAGGAGAUAAGUAACUAUAUAACCUUUAGAAGAUAUCUGAAGGCAGCCUUGUAUAGGGAAGUUUCAAAAUGUUUAUUUUUUAUUAUGUUUUUUAUAUGUUGGAAGCCUCCCAGAGUGGUUGGGGCAAGCCAGUCAGAUGGGCAGGGUACAAAUAAAGUUGUUGUUGUUGUUGUUGUUACUAUCACUACUACUAUUAUACUGUCGCCUACAUUUUUGGACUCCCUUUGAGAUCACGGCUCUAGGGGUCGUUAAAUUCACUUCAGAAUUUACCGCAAGUAUUGUCACCUUAUUGGAUCUAAAUAUAAUCUGUUUUGGAUACCAGUAUAAUAGAGAAGAUGGAUGAUAAUGAUGAUGAUGAUGAUAAUUUUAUUACAACAUUUAUAUCCUACCUUUCCUUCAACAAACUCAAGAUAGUUAGUAUAUGGUUCUCCCCCCUCCCCAUUUUAUCUCCACAACAACCUUGUGAGGUAGGCUAGGCUUAGAUACAGUAACUGGCCUAGGAGAGCUUCCUGGCUGAGCAGGGAUUUGAAUUCUGGAGUCCCAUUGCCCUAGUCCAGAGCUCUAACCACUGAACCAAACGGUCCCUACUUCUGAGAGCAAAACAAGUGCAAGUGAACGUUCUUCUAAAACACUGAUGGGGAGCCAUAUUGUACUCCUCAGCGGCAUUCUGGGGCCUUGCCUUUUUUCCAGGAAAAAAGAAAGAGGGGGGUUAUUGCCUUGCACUUUGCUUGGAAAUGCACUGCACUUUUUGAAAUGGAACAAAUCCGACCUGACGGAGUUUUUGUGAGGUAGAUCAUUAAAUCUGGGCUUGAAUCCAAAUCCCGCCAGCCUGAAUUUGGCACUUUGCUAUCAGGGUGCACUGGUGGGUAAUAACACUUUGGGAUGAUUCAUAUGAUCACAGAGGCAGGCCAAUUAAGCCUUGGCUGAAAUAUUACAGGACUGCUGAGCAAUGUUGCCUAGCCUCUAGACAAAUUCAUUUUCUUUCUUUCUAGUGAGGAUGGAACACAGUAGAAUCUGAAAAAGGUUAGGUGUUGAUUCCAGGAACCUAGAGCCUUGCUAAGUACUCUGGAGGGAUGUUUUCAGGGAGGAUACUACUUUUUGCCCUGUUCUCCCAUAGCAUAUUGUGCACUGUGGGAAUCUUGUCUACACAUGCAUGUACUUCUAUUUUCUAACAUCUAUCUUCCCAAUGAGGAAAUGUGUGUCAUUUACACUCCCCCUUCCCUCCAAGAAACUCGAGGAGAAGACCUGUAGGAGUAUUUCCUUUUGUAGGUUCUGACUCACAAUAAAAUAAAAGUUCCUCUGAAGCCAGGGAGUUGUAGGCCUCUGCAGGAGAAAUGCAGACAGCAGAGACACCCCUUUUACAUCGCCUUCAUAGACCUGACGAAGGCCUAUGACCUCGUCAGCCGAAAAAGACCCUUCACCCUGCUCAACAAGCUAGAGGGCCCACCUAAGCUCCACAAGAAGAUUGUGUCCUUCCAGGAGAACAUGCACAGCACCAUCCAUGAUGACGUCCAUUAAUCCUCUGAUGCCUUCCCUAUAAAGAGCAGUGUUACACAGGGCUAUGUUCUCACCCCAAUUCUCUUCGGCAUAUUCUUCUCCCCAGUGCUCUCCUAUGCUUCAGCUCAAUUGAAGAUGGUAUGUACUUUCAUUCAAGGAGCAACAGGGCAUGUUUCUGGGCCAUGACAAAAGUGUGGCGGGUCCUUAUCCUUAUUCUUUGCAGAUGUUGCAGCCUUGACAGUGCACUCCAAGGAAGCCCUGCAGAGACUCAUCAGCUGUUUUACCCAAGUCUGCAGGGAGUUCAGUUUUACCUUCUGUCUGACAAAGACCAACAUCUUGGGUCAGGAUACCACUAGCACACCAAUCAGCAUUGGUGACCACACACUUGAUGAGGUGGUAGAUGAUUUUGUCUUCUGUGGGUUUCAUCAUAACCAGCAACCCCUCCAUUGAUGAUGAGUAGGACAAGCGUAUUGGCAAGGCUGUUAUGCCUAUGGGUUGCCUCUCCAAAAGGGCAUGGGAGAAUGUGAUGUUAAUACUAAUAUGAAGGUCUACCAGGCUUGCGUGCUGAGCACCCUGCUUUAUAGAAGUGAGUCAUGGACAACUUAUAACCAUCAGAAGUGGUGCCUCAAUGCCUUUCACAUGUGCUGCAUCAGGAGGAUUUGAGGUAUCACAUGGCAGGACAGAGUUUCAAGAGAUGUGCUCUCCAAAGCCCACAGUCCCAUUAUGUUCACACUCCUGUCAACCAUGUCUACUCUGGCUUGGUCUUGUCGACAAAAUAGAAGAUGACAGGAUCCCCAAAGACCUGCUGUACAGGGAACUGGCUGCUGGCACCAGGCCAACCUGGAAGACCAACUCUGCGUUACAAAGAUGUCUGCAAGUAUGGCAUGAAGGCUGGCAACAUUAACCCCGCCGUAUGGGAAUCCCUUGCAGACAACCACAGUGCCUGGAGACAGACAGACAGGUUGUGCAUCCAUAGUGGUGACCAGAGGAGGAAUGGCCAUUGGAAGGAGCACAGAGAAAAGAAAGGUCAUGGUGCAUCUGGAGUAGUAUAACCGGCCACCUUCAUCUACCCCAGCUGCAACAAAAUAUGUCUCUUCCGUAUCAGUCUCUACAGCCACAGCAGGCACUGUGACUCCAGCGAUUUGACUUUCCUCCUCCGUUGUUUCCUGAGACAAGACGGAUACUAACAAUGGCAACAACCUGAUAUCACAGUGAUGCUAGGUACUUAAAAGAUCCAGAACUCAGCCCCAUAGCAGAAAGCUGCACAUUUUACUUUUUACAUAAAGAUGCAAAUUUAGACCGCUUCCUGGCUGGAGGUGGAGACAAAUUCUGAUUUUUGCUGUCAGGGUUUACUUCAGAGCUAUGGAUUGACAACAGGAUUUUCUGGAUGUACACAGUAGGUGAAUUGAGCCCUCCACCCUACCUGCAAUCUGUUGUCAACUGCUGCUUGUGUACAUAUGCGCUUACAUACAUAAUAAAACUGAAAUAAGUGUUGUCCAACAUCUCACCUGACUUUUCUCACUCACUUUCACCCUCUCUCACAUAUAUAGUUCAUUUGAGGGGGCCAGUUUGCAUGGCCCUGGAUCCAGCAUGGAUUAAAAUCUAAUGGUUGAGUCUAUUUUUGAACUCGUGGAACAAGUUCCUUUGCAAGAUAAUGGCCAUAACUUACCAGCUAAGUACUGUCAUUCGUCCCUUCAUCUAAGCAAUUACUGUUGGUCUGAGCAAUUAAGAGCCAUAAUCACAGGCUAAUGGGUGGGCUUCACACACACACUCACCUGGCUGGUAUAUUGAAGUUCAGGGGCCAGUGUGUGGGUGUUAGCUGAGCUAGAAGCAGGUGGAAGCCAUAGAGACAGAACUGUGUUUGAUUUAUGUUUGAUUCCAAGGCUGAAACUAUGAGAGAAGCAAGGCCCUCUUGGCGUGUUAAUGCUGUGAGCCCCUCCAUUGUAGGCUCAGUUUGUAUGUAUGUGUGUAAAUAAACCAUAUAUCCUAAAGAUACCACAGUCUCCAUUGACCCUCAUUCCAUGGAAACUGAACCCUGUGUAAAUGCUUGGAACCCCUGGAAUCUCUCACCUGUCAGAGACUGUGGUAGCAGGUAACAAUCUCUCUCUCUCCCACUCCAUCCAAGUAUUACACAUACUUAAGGAUAUGUAUGUAUUUUGCAAUACAUUCUGGACACAGUAAUAGUGCAUUAGUGAUGGAUAUUCUGCUUUUGUUUGUUUUUUUAUGCUUCCUCGGGGCAACCAGAUUAUUCUUGUUCAGAGAGGCCACAGCAAAACAAAAGUGGGACAAAAAUAAACCCAACCAUUUGUGUUAUUAAAAGUUCUGAGAGUUGUUAGGCGAUCCCUGUUCCCCUCAAAGAACUCCAAUUCCCAGAGUGGUUUAAUAAUCAAUUCCUUUUCCCAGGGACCUCUGGGAAUUGUAGCACUGUUAGAUGAAUAGCAGCUUUGCCUAAUAUAGUGCAUUUUACCCUAGAACAUGCAUUUCUGCACACAUUAUCUUGCUGGUGAACUGCAUUGCAAAACUCAGAGAACUACAAAUUUAGAAGGAAAGUGCAAAUCAGGUAAGUUUGCCUUAAGAUGCUAACUGAAUCACAUUUCUCACCCAUCCUUACAAACAGAAACACAUCUCUGAAUUUUGCAAUCCAGUUCGCUAAACACAAAUGUGUGCAGAACAUCAUAAUUAUGAAAAGGUAUGCAUCAAAAUGAAUAUAUGUGAAAACAACAUACAAAAAGUGCAUUAUACUAGAGAAAAUUUCUUUUAUGUUAGGAGAAAGGAAUGUAGAAAUGUGUGUGACCUUUAGAAACAGAUGCAGAAAUGAGGCAAACCAAAACUGCUAAUCCCUGACCUCAACAUGUGGGUAGGUUGAUGUGGGAAUAGGUAUUCAUUCAUUCCUUCAGGUACUCAGGUCCCAACCAUGUUGUGCUCAGAAAUGGACAGUUAGGCUGCAUGAAAAGUUUCAUUCAGAUAUUAAGUGUACUUAAAAAAAGUCAUCCUGAACUUGUGCACGUUUAAAUAGCUCAGCAGAUAGGAAUGUUGCUCUUUUCGAGGUCAAUAGCAUUUUCUUUGUCACAUCACUGAUAAUAACCCAAAGGUCACUUGAAGGGAUUUUACUGUCAAACUAAACUGCAGCAAACAUUGCAUUUGAAUCCCCAGCCCUUCUCUUUGCCAAGUAGUACUAUGGCAUUUCAUUUUUUUAACAAAACUUAACAGUUUUCAUAGUAAUUAUAGACUUCUAGAUUGUAAGACUAGAGUCUUAAUUCAUGAAACACUCUAAGCCAGAGUGUUUUCAACCUUUUUGAGUCCACGGCUCCCUUGACCAACUACAUUCUUUCUGCGGCACCCCUGUGGAGAUCAGGAGCCCAGUGAUGUCACCCCUUGCCUGCAGAGCUGGCAGCCUCUCACCCAUUUUUGAAACCCUCCUUUGUGAAGUGUUUCCUCAGCCUCUUCUCCUCUCCCCUCUCCUUGGGAGUCCUCCAGACAGCUGCUGCUGCCGCCCCUGAUCUCUGAGCUGCCUUGCCCUGCCACAAAGAGAGAUGUCUCCUCACAUUACCUUGCAGGGCCUGGGACUUGUCUGUCCAUUCCCAACAGCAAGGGCUGGCAGACUAGCUGGCUGGGCUCCCUCUCCUGCUUGCUUGCUUGCUUGCUUGCUUGCUUGCUUUGCUUUGCUUACUUUGAGGCCGAUUCAACUCCUGGCAACCAGCACCCCUUGGCCUGCGCAGAGGCACCAUUCGCCUGGGGAGCUUGUAGCCAGGGCUGCUGCAACAAACAGCUGUGCAAGCUGUUUGGGAGGCAGAGACGCAAGAGGGCAUUAGAGGAGGAAGGGAAGGAAAGAGGGAUGGAGGCCAGUGUUGCCCAUGGCACCCCUGACCAUCAUUCAAGGCACCCCAGGGUGCCAUGGCACACUGGUUGAAACCCACUGCUCUAAGGCAACCUUAGGUUUAAUGAGACUGUGGGCAAGCAUGCGGGCUUCCAGAGUGGAUAUUGCAGCCACUUUACUCCUUCUCCAUUCUUUUUGUUCCUAUAUGAAUGUAGCCAAAGUUUAACUUAGCGUGAUAUCUAAACAAGGACCCAUGGUUAAGCUCUCUCCGCACUAACUAUGAGCUUGGAUUUGCUCUGCCCAGGUAUAAAAAUAGUAGAUUGAAAUAAUUAACCCUGGCUUAUAAAUGCAAGCUCCUCUCUUGGAGCUCGCAUAGCCUUGCUAAGCUUGGGAGCAUGGCCGCAGGGCUGGCUCAAGACAUUUGGCUGCAGAAGGUGCCCAGCAGGUUGUUCAGUCUUACUUCAUCACUGGCAAUGGGGCAGGGUCUUCCACCCUGCGUGAGGAGAGCAGGCUAGUUUAGGAACCACAUGGCACACCAGCUCUAUCCUCUUACUAUUUCACCACUGUUCCCUACAUACUUUUAGAAUUUGAAGUUGACAGAGCAUAACAAAAAUAAUAAAUGCAACUUGAAUUACUUGGAUUGAUGCAUCUCCGAAGUUCUACUGUUCAUCAGGUCUUUGUUUCAACUGGAUACUAAAAUUGUUAAAGCGGUUAUAGUUUUUGAAGAGCUGGACCUUUAACACAACAAAGAACUAAGCAAGUUAAACUGGUUGGGCAACAGUGAGCCAGAGUGUCACUUGCCAUUUCAUUCUAGCUGUCUUCCUUCUAUGACACUAUUUCCUAAGGCAAGUUUAGUAUACUGAAAGCACCUUCUUUAAACAAGCAAAAUAGCUCGUGGAAAUGCUUUUAGAUACAAAACUUACCAUAAAAGGAAAAUCCUUCUCAUCUCCAACCUGAUAUGCAUUAAAGUUUUCUCAAUGUGUUGCUGAUCCAGUGAAUUGUGGGUGUUUUAGUUCUGUAAUGAUCCCAGGGAGGAAAGUUACAGUAAAGGACAAAUAUUGUGCAAUGCAAGAUCAGUGGCACCUUUUUGAUUGGUGUGGUGUAACCCAGUCUAGACGCAUUGAGUAUUUACACAGGGGUGGGCUGACUUCAGUGUUUACAAUUAGUUUUUAUGAUGGUUCAUUGCUAUUAUUAUUAGAACCACUAGCAACCUGCCCAUUGUAUCUUGGAAAAGAUGCAGAAUAAGUACCGGUAAUAAACAAUAUUAUUAUAAGCAUAAUAAAUACACUGGUACCUCGAGUUACAAAUGCCUCAGGUUACAAACACUUCAGGUUACAAACUCCACUGACCUGGAAGAGUUACCUCGAGUUGAGAACUUUGCCCCAGGAUGAGAACAGAAAUCUUGUGCCGGCGGUGCAGCGGCAGCAAGAGGCCCCAUUAGCAAAAGCACGCCUCCAGUUAAGAACAGUUUCAGGUUAAGAACGGACCUCCUGGACAAAUUAAGUUCAUAACCAGAGGUACCACUGUUAUAGCAAUAAAUCAAGUGUGCAUUUUUGAACCUCUUAACUGGUAAGACAUGGCUCAGGGGUUGGCAAGGUUUACCUCGCCUGGGCCGGUUGACUCCAGCGGAGAUCCCUCUGUGGGCCGGAUUGUGCAUGCUUGCGAGUGCAUGCGCCUGUGAUUUCCAGUGUCUGCGUUUGCACAGACGCAAUUUCUGGCAUCCGCAUCUGCGCAGACACGAUUUCUGGCGCCGCGGAAGCGAGUCCCCCUGCCACGCUGCGCCGGUUUAGCGCAGCGCGCGGGGACUCGCCGAGCGGGCAGCUCGGUUUGGGUCUGGUUCGUGGGCCAGUUAAACGACCCCCAUGGGCGCUUGUGGAAUGGAUUGCCAACCCCUGACAUUGCUGAACUGAGUAAAGCACUCUUGCCAAAGAACAUAGCAAUUGCACCAAUGCAUUUCAUUCAAGGUGUGCAUCUUAGUGUUUAAUGCCCUAAAUGACUCCAGCCCCAAAUGCCUUAAAGACCCCCUCCUUCCUUCCAUUUAUCCUCUCAGGUGCUAAGAUCGGUAGAGGAGGCCUUCUUGGUUGUUCCUCUAUCCUCAGAAACUCAGAAGGUGGUGAUCCAGGAAAGAGCAUUCUCUGUGGGUGCCCCUAAGCUGUGGAAAUCCCCUCUGACAGAGCUGCAUUUGGUACCUUCAUUUCACAGCUUUCGACCAUGCUUCUCACUGGCUCUGCUUUGAACCACAAGUGUUUCUGCCAGGCUGAAAUGUGUCCUUGAAUUCUAAUAAUGCCUUUUGCUUGGUUGGGUGGAGGAUAGAAAGUGGUCUGUGUGUGUGUGUGUGUGUGUGUGUGUGUGUGUGUGUGUAGUUCAACGGUAAAAUUUACAUGGAUUGCUCUGCUCACUCUGGCCCCACCCACCACUAGCAUGUGGCCCUCAGAAGGUUGCCCAGAGUGGAAUGCGGCCCUCAGAUUGAACAGUGUUUCCCACCCCUUUUCUACACACACUCUUCUCCAUCCUCCUUCCAGGUAAACAAGAGUCCUAGGACCAGUUCCAGACAGGCAAAAACACUCAAGGAGGGCGUGCAGCAGGGUGGUUGAGGGGUGUGGCUGGGGAGGACAGGGAGUGUCCUGGGGAGAGUCCUGAGGGUCAGAUGGAAAGCUUAGAGGUCCACAUUUGGCUGAAGUUUCCCUACCCCUGGUCUACUGCCAAACAUCCAGUUGGCACCUACCUGGGUAGUUUCGAUGCCUCCAUGCUCUCUUAAAUAUUUGUGUGAGCUGCAUUGUUUUCCUUUCAUCCGGUAGGUACAACACAAGUCCCAACUCAUUGCUUCUUCCUGUGCCAGAGCAAACAAAGGGGGGGUCCUCCUUUUAUUAGCUCUCUUUGCCUCCUCCUGUAUUUGCCAAGAUCAGAAGACUUUGACUCAAAACAGGAAGUAGCUCCCUUAAAAUCCUGGAGUGGAUUAAUUUCAUUGACAGCUCUCUGCCACGUCCUGAUUAGCUUUCAAGCUGGGUUUGUUAGCUUGCCACCCUGGGGAAAAGGGUGGUCUGUGUCUCUGGUUAUGGCUAAACCCUGUGAGGCAGUUUUCACAAAGCUGAUCUGCAAGGGCCAUAUGCUACCCACUCCCCAGUUGAUAUCUGUUCCCCCAAUCACUGCUUCCUUGAACAAAUAACUCCCCUGCUCCCCCAACAUCAGCACAUUCCUCCAGUCCUUUCAGCCAUUGCUGUUCUUUUAAGGCUGAGCCAUAGCUGGAACUAGGAGCUGUGUGCUUGGAGUUGGGUCAGAACCAGUGGGAGGGGGCAGAAUCUAUCACUACUCAGUACAGAGGAACUAAGCCAGGCUCAAAAACAAAUAAAGUUCUGCUCAGGAAGACCACAGUUGCUCAAGCAAAGUUCCAGCCGAGACAGGAAGUCUUAUAUAGUUUUCCCUGUCUAGAAGGUCCCAGUGGCCAGCCCAGGUGGGUAGGGCCAGUGCAGAGCCUAGAAUACUUCACUAUGCGGGAAGUUCCUCCAAACUUCAAUACAGUGGUACCUCGGGUUACAUCCGCUUCAGGUUACAGACUCCGCUAACCCAGAAAUAGUACCUUGGGUUAAGAACUUUGCUUCAGGAUGAAAACAGAAAUCGCGCGGUGGCGGCACAGCAGCAGCAGGAGGCCCCAUUAGCUAAAGUGGUGCUUCAGGUUAAGAACAGUUUCAGGUUAAGAACAGACCUCCGGAACGAAUUAAGUACUUAACCAGAGGUACCACUGUAUGGGGCAGUUGCUCACAGAAUCCCAGUUCUAGCUCCAGAAUCCUGGGAACUAGUUUGUUAAGGGUGCUGGGAAUUGUAGCUCUGGGAUAAACGACAGCUCCCAUGAUUCUUGGGGGGAAGCCAUGUGCCUUAGCUUGGCAUUAAUCAUACAGAAAACACUUUCUUAUGUAAAAUACCACAGCCAUCAACGUUAAAAAAUAAUUGAUUUAAUCUCACUGACUCCUUUCUAACAGGUGAGAAUAAUGAACAUAUCCCAGAGAGUCCGAAAGACAGGAAAUCAUUCUUACCACCAGAAGCAACAGUUUUGCCUUCCGCUAUCUCAGAAGAAGAAAGGUAAUAUUAACAGAAGAGAACUACACACAUGGAACUCAUUGUCAACGAAAAAUGUGAUAGUCAAGGAAUUGGUGUGAUAUUGCUUGUUGAGAUUCUUAUUCAUACAGUUCCAUCUGUAUAUGCGGCACUUCACUGACCAUCAAAAGAGAGGUAUUUGCCCCAAGCACCUGCAAUUUAACUAUAGAUGGGGAGGGAAGGAAGAAGACAACACAGAAAGUCAAAAGCAACAAGGGGUGUAUGCUAGUCCAAUGGUUCCCAAACUCACACACACACACACACACCCCAACCACUUGAAAAUUGUUGAGGGUCUCGGUGGGCCACUUAAUGGGGUUUUUUUUUUUUGCCUGCUGCAGCAAUUGUGAUGUGAUGUGCUAUAUGUUGAAUCAUUUCAAAGUGUAUAUUAUUAUUAUUAUUAUUAUUAUUAUUACUACUACUACUACUAUUACUAUUACUAUUAAUUUAAUUUGUUUACCACCCUUCAUCCAAAGACCCCAGGGCAGUUCACAACAGAAAAACACUAAAUGAGAAUACAAAAUACGUAAUAAAACAAAAACAAACCAAUAACCCCCCCUCCCACAAGCACAUUUAAAAUUAUUUCUUAUAUAUUGUAUUUUAGUUUGAAUUCCAUAGGAUUCAAAUGGGUAGGUUUUGUUCACAUACAUACACACUGCAGACUCCACAAAUGAAGCAGUGGCCCAUGGACCACAAUUUGGGAACCCCUUUGCUAGCCAGUGAAAUUACACAUACUUAGAAAAAGGAGACAAUUGGCACCACAUUGGUCUGAGAAGGUCCGAAAUGGAUCUGGCAUCAGUGAGAACACCCAAAGAAGGCUUGCAGUUAAGGCCUUUCCCAUAGGUCUCCACCAGAGGGUUGAAGCAUUGAAGUUCAGAGGCCAGCACUUCAAGACCCCACAGUUGCCUGGCCUGGCAAGUCUGUUGUCAUCUUGUAUGGACAGCAGGAAAAGCUAUUAUGUAUUAAAUACAUUAGGACCAUCCUCUUUAACUGAACUGCCAGUGCCUAUUGAUAGCAAGUAAGGUAUAUUUAAAAUCCGGCACAAGCCUAGGACUUGCCGAUCAGAAGGUCAGUGGUUCGAAUCCUUGUGACGGGGUGAGCCCCCGUUGCUCAGUCCCUGCUCCUGCCAACCUAGCAGUUCAAAAGCACGUCAUAGUGCAAGUAUGCACUCCGCUCCGGCGGGAAGGUAAACGGCGUUUCCGUGUGCUGCUCUGGUUCACCAGAAGUGGCUUAGUCAUGCUGGCCACAUGACCCGGAAGCUGUACGCCGGCUCCCUCAGCCAAUAAAGCGAGAUGAGCGCCGCAACCCCAGAGUUGGUCACGACUGGACCUAAUGGUCAGGGGUCCCUUUCCCUUUACUUUAUCCCUCUUCUCCAAUAGGUGUCUGGUUAUGUACUUAUCAAAUCAAGAUUAUUUCCUAAUAUAAUUCUGAGAAAGUUCUGGGAAAAAAAUUUUUACUUCUUUUUUGUUUAAAAAAGGGAGGAGGAAAACUAAUUGACAAUUUCACCAUUAUUGUUCAGCUACUAGUUAGAUGAAGUAUGACACUAAUAAUGAGGCGCUGUGGGUUAAACCACAGACCCUAGGACUUGCCGAUCAGAAGGUCGGCGGUUCGAAUCCCCGCGAUGGGGUGAGCUCCCAUUGCUUGGUCCCUGCUCCUGCCAACCUAGCAGUUCGAAAGCACGUCAAAGUAGAUAAAUAGGUACCACUCCGGCAGGAAGGUAAACGUUUCCGUGCGCUGCUCUGGUUUGCCAGAAGCGGCUUGGUCAUGCUGGCCACAUGACCCGGAAGCUGUACACCAGCUCCCUUGGCCAAUAAAGCGAGAUGAGCGCCGCAACCCCAGAGUCGGCCACGACUGGACCUAAUGGUCAGGGGGACCUUUACCUAUGACUCUGUUACUGGGUUCCCCAAUGGGGAGCACAUGGGCACCACCAUGUCCUCAGAUACCCUACUUUGAGCCAACCAGGGCACCCUGUGCUACCCAUUCAUUUCUUUUUAAAUGAAGGCUUUUGUGUUUGGUUGAUGAGGGUGGUCCGUUUUGGGGUGAGGGCAUGCCAGCCUUUUUUGGGGAAGGAUGUAGUUUUGUGUGUUGUGUUUUUUGGUGGGGGUUCCUCAGCAUCAUUGGUGUUUCUUCUGUGAAGUGAGUAUCUUGCUCGUGUCCACAACAAUUUCUCUGAUUUCCAAAUGUGCCCCUAGGCCCAGGAAGGGUGGAUAUCCUUGCUCUAUCAUAUAAAGCUUUGCAAUCAAGUACUAUAGAAAACCUCCUCCUCCUAGCUUUGUUUUUGAAAGUCUUGCCAUUUUUCCUGGCUAUUCACAGUGAAAUCGCCUCCUUAAUUCAUGCUCUGAACUUAAGUUUGAACCCUGCAGACUGUCAGGUCCUGUUUGCAGGCUUCCCAAAGGUUGGAUACUGUGGGAACAGGAUGCUGAACAGAUGGGCCUUUGUCCUGGUCCAGCCACAAGGCUCAUGGUUUACUGUUCUGUUCAGAAGACAUCUACCCACUGAAGACUUGGGGGAUGGUCACAGCUACUUUCAGCUAUUUAAAAGCUAAAAAUAAACCAUGCAAGGAAUUUUCUGUUGAUUGCUUCCCCAUUUUGUCAAUUGCAAAUACAACAAUUCCAACCAAAUGUUAAUCAUUAAACAGGCACUAGCACCUGAGAUGCCGAAACAGUUGGAUGCCAUUUGCCAAACUGUUUAAGGCUGUAACUGCUUCCCUUUUGCAAAUUGGGCUUUUUUGCCAGUUAGUGCAGGGUGAAGCAUUUUGUAAUCCAAUCAGCUGAUGGAGAAACAUCGGGGGCCACUCCUAAUUUGACUAUGUCUGGCCUCAAACAACUAAUCCAGACUGUUCCCUGCUAAGGAAGCAACUCCUUCACAUCUACUGCUCCCAAGAUCCAAAACAUUCAAAGAAGGCAGACUGGAAGCAGAGUAAGGAACUAUUUCACCAAUGGCACUUAAAGUACUUAUGAGCUAUUGGUGUCUCUCUCUGUUUGUAAGACAGAAAUGCAGUUUAUAAUGUGCUUGAAUGCAAGUUUUUAACGUGAUGAACAAACAUGAGGAAAAGUUCAUUAUAAGCUCACACUAUUUUUGUGCUGCCUGUUACUUGCAGCAUUGUAACUAGUGCCAGAAGCAUUAUCUUCUGAAUGAGGCCUGCCUGGCACCAACACUGACAUAUUUUUGGUGCCACAAUAAAAACCUUCCUUUUCAUUCAGGUGUUGGAUGGAAUUUGAUCCUGCUGGGACAAGCUUUGUUUUAGUGCCUCUCCAUAUUGCUGAUUGGUUGUCCCCCACCAGCAGAAGCUGGUGUUUUUAUGUUUUGUGUAUUUUAUUUUAUUUUUGUUCAAAUUUUGAUGUUUCUUGUUUCUAACAAAGGGGCAUAGCUUUGCAUAUAGAAGGUCUCAGGUUCAACCCUUGACAGCUCUAGGUAGAACCGGGAACCUGUCUGAAACCCUGGAGAGCUGCUGCCAGUCAGUGUAGACAAUACUGAUGUACCAGUGAACUGCCUCAGUAUAAGACACCUUCUUAGCUUGGCGAGAUGCUGCUUCAUCACUGUAGACAGUACUGAGCCAGAGGGACCAAUAGUCUAACUCGGUGAUACACUACAAGUGAUAGACCUUGUGAUAGACCCCAUGUUGACACACAACACACCCACUCAACCAUGUACAGUAACAGCACCCACCAUCUGCAUUGAACAACAUUGUUUGUAUCUUGGCCUGUGACACCUCAUAUUAUUAUAUGAUUUAGGACCUCCUCUAUACUUCUGACUGUAAAUUGUUUUUACUGAUUUCAAUGUUGUCCAUGUCAGAAUAUCAUCACUCAACUCCCAUUGGAGGAUUCGUAGGGCUGCAUCACAAUCCUGGAUUUGCAUGAAGCCAGGCAGGGGGAGGGGAGCAAAAGAGAAGGCAGGUUUUAGACAACAGUGGAGGUUUGAAUAAAGGAAACUGAGCAGUGGGGAAAGUGGUGAUUUUUAAACAAUGGCAGAGGUGUGAGUAGAGUGGGGGGGCGGAGAGUGGCAGUUUAAGACAAGGUUUGACUACCGUGAGAAGUGAGCCAGGAAAGGCUCUGUUGUAUUAGCCUCAAAUAUCCCAUAGCACCUUUGCACAAAAACUAUUUUGCUCUUGGUACUGUGAAUUGCCUUCAACAUGAAGUUCCAGAUCCAUUGUUGUAAUUUAGAAGAGAUACUUUAAUAAUGAGCAGACCCCCAUCUUUGUACAACACCCAUCAACUGAAGUUAACCUUCUGUAAUGGAACAAGCUGGCAGGAUUCUGUUCACUUUCAAGACACAGUAGCAUGCUGUAUAUCAGCAUGGGGUGGUUGGGUGCAAAGGUGGCUACAAAUAGGAGAGUCCAGAGGGGAUUGCAAAAAAAGAGGGAGGCGGAAUCAUGAAAGAGGGAACAUCAAAGGGUCUGGAGAAGAGGAAGGGAUGGUAGCUUCAUAACUGGGGAGAGGGUGAAAAAGGGUUCUUAGUAGUUGUAGUCUGUGGGAGGAGGAAGAUGCAUGAAGUUACCGCAAGGGUGGUUUACAUGCAAAAAAAAGGGUUGCACAAAAGGAAAGGGAGGCAGAGACAUGAGUGUGAAGGCAAAAAUGGGUGCAAAGUGAGGCUGCAGAAUAGAAGAGAGAAGUGGCUUCAGAAAUGUGGUUGGGAAGGUAAAAGUGAGGUUAGUAGUUGUAUGGUGUGGGAAGGGGAAGCUCUAGGGAGUAAAUAUGGGAGAGAUAGCGGGGGGGUGAGUAAGGCAAGCAGGGUAACAGUCCCUAGUAUUUUCAAACUGUUGUAACGAAUACAUGAUCCAAUGAGAUUAUCCAAUACAUCACCAUCAUCUCAGGAUUUGUGUCUUUGUGAUAAAAUGUUGUUCUUUCUCUGCAGGUCAUGUGAAGCUUCUUUGGAUUCAGCAGAAGGACACAGAUCCAAACCAAAGCCAAGGCUAAGGUUGUCUACUCUUCCAUCCUCUGCAGAGAAGGUAGUGUGUCCAAUGGAAGUGGAAUUGGCAUUAAUUGGCAGCUGUAAAUCUAGAACAAACAAACGAAAGUCCUCUUUAACAUAGGUAGGGAUGGGGAACCUUGUUGAACCUGCCGCAGCUCCCAUCAUUCCUGGCCAUUGACCAUACUUGAUAGGGCUGAUGUUAGUUCAGCAACACUUAGAGGGCCAAAGGUUCCCCAUACCUGGCAUAAAGUAUACAGAACAUAUGGAAUCUGCUGUCACAAGGUGUGGUGAUGGCCAGUGGCUUAGAUGGGAGGUGGUACACAGGGAGUACUCAGGGAGGGCAGGUGUUAUUUUCUGGUCCCAAGGUGGAGCUUCCAAAGCACAGUUGGGCAAGGCAGAAAAGAGAGAGAUUCUCCUGGGCGAUGUAUAUAACACUUGAUUGGAAAAAAACCCCUGCAAGUAGUUUACAUGUCAGGCUCCCCCCAAAACACAACAACUGCACCCAGAUGGAAUGUGUAUGUGUGCACAGGCAGCAGAACUGUAGGAAGAGAGGGAGAGUCUCAUGAGUGAGCUCACAUCCACUUUGUCUUUAAAAGCUUGGUGGGUGGGGUAUGUCAACCAUUGGGACAUCUUUGUAGCCUCUGUUUCAUUAUGAAUCUCUUCCCUUGGAAUCAUGACUUCUGCUGCUGAGCCUGUACCACUUUUCACCUGAAUAAAUAUCUCUGUCAUCUGAGGGCAGUAAUUCCACCAGACUGCCUCAGUGGGAUAGCUGGGAUUUGGAGCUCAUUUCAUCAGCUUUGUUGGAGGCCCAGCUCCACCAGGCAUCUCCUGCCCCUGAACUGUGCCAACUGGUUACUACAAGAACAACUGUUUAGAAAUUGGGGCCUGAGCGUAGCUGUCAACAUUUCCCUUUUUUUAAGGGAAAUUCCCUUAUUCCGAAUAGGAUUCCUCGCAAGAAAAGGGAAAAGUUGACAGCUGUGGGCCUGAGUUGUGAAUCUGAUUUUCCUCUUCCCUCCCUGUCCCUUUUCCCUUGUGUGUCGUGGUUCUUUUUUUAAGGUUGUAAGCCUAUGGGUAGGGGCUGACUGUCUUGUCUAGAUCGUAUGCAAGCUACUCUGAGAGCCUUUUUUGGCUGGAGAGCAGGGUACAGAUUCUCUUAGUAAAUAAAUAAGUCGUAUUUUCCUCUUCAGAGAUCAAGCCUAGAAGAUAUCUCUCCAGCAGACAGUGGCGUUGGUAUAAGCCCUUUCCUGGUUACAAGAAGCAACUCGCAAGGAUAUGGAAAAGGUAUAGUGCCUGGCUAGCUCUGGUCCAUGGGGUCACGAAGAGUCGGACACAACCAAACGACUAAACAACAACAACAUGCUUUAUUUCUUGAAGUUAAGCAUUGGGAGCUUCUAUUCAGGGAGGCACAUUUACAGGGGAGAAUCAGCAGGUGAAGGAAGGGUAAAACAUUCCCCUCCUACCCAGUAAUUCUUCCUAGUCCAUAUUCCAUCCCUGCAUUGCCAUCUGAGAUCAGGUGGUAGGUGAGCGUAGCAGCUUACCUGGAUGGGGCCACUGCAAGGUCAGGCUCCUGUGAGUUGAACCAGCAGAAGCACUAAAUUGGUGGGGGUGGCCCCACCGAUACACCCAUACAGUCCCAACUUCACCUCUGCUCCAGCCCCACCCACGUCAGCAGCAGCAGCAAAUGCUGGUCUCAGCAACACCAUACCGUACACACUUCCACUGGAAUUGGGAAUCCCAGGUUUGCUUUGCAAUGUGUAGGUGCACCCUGCGGCUGGGGCAGAAUGCACUGCUUUCUCCAGAGCUGAGAGAACCAUAGGAGAGCACAGAAUGAGGACAUUCACAUAGCCCAGUUGGAUGGUAUGCACUUCCUGAUAACAGUCAGUUGCCCAUAAUAAAUUAUAGGGUACUGUAUUUGCUGAGUAGGCUUCCCCCAACCUGCUGCCUCCAGAUGUUUUGAUCUUCAGCCACCAUCAUUUGUGAGCAUUGGAAAUGAUGCUUGGGGUUCAUGGGAGUUGUAUUGCAAAACCUCUGGAGGAAACCAGACUGGAAAACACUAGUUCAGAACACCUUGUAAUUGCAAAGCAGUUGGGUGUAGUUCUGUCAAUGAUGCUCUGAACAGGGCCUUGGGGUUCUAUUUUUGUUGCAGGUCAUGAAAUACCCUCAACAAUAUCCAGAAAGCUUUCUGAAAAGGAUCUUGAUGAUUUUUCUUACUCAACUGGCGGGGAUGUUGCAGAUGCUCCUUCAGAAAGCCACACAUUCUCACCAGUUCCACAGGAAGAAUUUAGCCCUUCCAGCAAAAUACCCGUGAAGAGGAUGUCCAACAAAGGAUCGUUCCAACCUAGCACAGUUUUAGCUAAUGGAGCUGAGAAUCCCGAGUUUGGUCUAGCAAAGAGAGACUCACCAAAGAGCUCAAAAUUACCCACUCUAGAUUGGGAAAAUGGCCGUUCUGUCAAACAAGGAGCCAAUUAUACAAUCUCCUCUAGCAACAAUAAAGAUGAGGAGAUUGGUCUGGAUCGGGAACACUUUAAGAACCUGAAGAACUUUUGGGAGAAGGGUGGGGAGCCCCUCUUGACUAAUGAUGUAUCUGAAAUCUCAGCAGAAAAGGCCAGCACCACAGAGGCCAAUGGAAGGCCAUCAAGACUGAACCGAUCUCUCUCAGCCCAGUCUAAUAACAGCCAAAAUGGUGACGACAAGUUCACUUCUAAUAUACACCCCAAAGCCAGAAUCCCCUACAGGAAGCCAGUUGCCUUGUCUUCCAGUGAAGAUGAGCCCACUUACAUAGCUCCUCCUAGGAAAGGAUCGGGAUCUGCAAUACCCCGGUCCACGUAUGGCAGAAGCAAAGGGGCAAUGACCAACAGAAAUAGCCUAAGUGAUGGGAAUGGGAAGCAGUCUCCAGUGGAGGAGGAGAAGAAGGUACCACGUUGCACAAGGAGAUCAAAGUUGCCGAUUCGAGUGCCAUCAGUCAAAAUAGAGGCACCGGCUAAAGAGCGGACUGGCAUCAUUUUUGAGCCAGAGACCCCUGCUGAUGAGUUUAUUAUGGCUGAUGAAAGCAAACGUAAGACUGAUUCUUUAGCAGGUAGGGUUCAGAUAUUGAUAGAGUCUGUGUCUUCAGAGGAUGUUGAUAAAGUUGGUAGCUUUGUGGAAAUAAGUUCUGACUUGGGCUCUCAAGACAACCUGGAAAUGGAAAAGAAGCAGCUUAAAGAUGGGCCUAGUAGCCUUGCAGAGGACCCACUACAAAACGAGGCUGUAGAUGAAAGAGGAGUCGCUCAGGAAGUGGAUUCUUCCAUGCUUUCAGGUACUGAUGCUUUGCUAGUUAUACAUAGUUUUGUGCUGGUCAAUACAAAAAACACAAAAACGUGAGGUUGUACCCAGAUAAGUUAGAGUAGACUCAUUAAAGUUAAUGAUCCUAAGUUAGUCUUUUCCAUUAAUUCCAUUGGGUCUACUCUGAGUAAGACUAACAUGAGCUGCAACCCUGUACCAACAUGCACAUACCACAUUGCCAAUCAAACAUAGAAAAUAUUAAGUAAAAUAUUGUCAUCUGUUUAAAAACAUCUUGGAUAGUAAGCUACCAUCAUAUACAUCUUAAACAACAAUUAAUCUACAAUUUGGUGCCUUAUCUCAGCUUACCUAUAAACAGCCAUUUUUAUUUACGGAAAUACAGCCACCAUAAUUAUUCCUCCAGUACAGUUACCCCUUCUCUAGGCUUGUCUUCUCCAGGGGCUAAGGAACCUGUGCCUCUUCAGAUGUUGUUGGACUUCAACUCUCACCAGGCCAGCUGGCAUGACCAGUGAUCAGAGACAAUUAUCUACUAUGAGGACUGACCCUGACAGUGAAUGAGAGAACCUGAGCUCUAUGAGUGUUCCAUCAGUGGAUGGUCCAGGAAGAUCAGAGUUGUAGUCUAACAACAUCUGGAGAGCCACUGGUUCUCCACCCUUAGUCUGCUUAGCCAUGGACUAAAAAACUGGAAUCAAUAUUACAAAGAGCUCAUCUUCACUUGCAAGCUGGCAGCAACUGACCUGGGUGGCCAGCAGUGCAUUAAUACAAACUAACCCAGUGUCUGGGAGAGCUGCUGGAGCAGAACAAUGUAAGUCAGAAGGCCCAGCUGUGUACACAAGCUCCAGGACCACAAGCCGUAAUCUCUAGAUCAAAUAAACAAAGAAUAGGAGGGGGAAGCUUAGGGUGAGGUGGAAGCCACCCUGUUCAAACCUUGGUUACAAUAAUGCCAAUGUCUUACAUUGUUUAAUACACACCUGCUUGUUUUCCAAUUUAUUCCAGAGGGAAAUGAACAUCAUUCUCCGGCUGCCAAGAAUUUAAUAUGUGCCAAUGGCUAUAGCCUUACGAAGAGCUUGGUGAACAUUUAUACUACUACAGAAAGUAAGUAGUAGCUUGCUUCAAUCCACUGGUCUGGCUUUUUCUAACAAAGCAAGCUGGCAAAAGUUACCGUAUUUUUCGCUCCACAGGGCGCACCGGACUAUAGGGCGCACCUAGUUUUUAGGGGGGGGGAAUAAAGAAAAAAAAUGUACUGGUGCUGCACUCCCCGGGCUUCAGGCUGCAGGCUGCUAUCCGCAAGCCUUCGGAGCGCAGGGGGAACUCCCGCCGCGCUCCUAAGGUUUGCGGAUAGCUGCCUGAAGCCUGGAGAGCGAGAGGGGUCGGUGCGCACCGACCCCUCUUGCUCUCCAGGCUUCAGCGAAAGCAACGCGAAGCCUCCGGAGCGCGGAGGGAGCGCUUCCUCUGCGCUUCGGAGGCUUCCCGUUGCUAUCGCUGAAGUCAAGGAGCCUGCAUCCGCUCCAUAGGAUGCACACACAUUUUCCCUUCAUUUUUGGAAAAAGUGCGUCCUAUAGAGCGAAAAAUAUGGUAUAACACAUGGAGCUGAACCUAUCAGUCAUACAUAGCAGGCUUGACAAAUCUCCUGGUUUUGCUGCCUGCUGGAGAAUAAGGAGAAUAAGGAGCCCAACCAUCUGGAAGGCCUUUCAAGACAUUUGCAGACCACCUGCCUUCAGGUGUUCAAAAGGAAUAUGCUCUUAGAGUGGAGUGGGGGCUGUGCAUGUUAGCCCUACUCCUUCCCUGCCCCACAACAUUGCUGUUCCUGCUGGAGGAAGUUGUUUGUUUUGCUAAGAGCUAUGGCCAAAGCUAACAUUAUUAAUUACAUAAUUAAUUUCAGUGGAAGGGGAACAUCAAACACAGUGCAGAAAAUAACAUAAUUAUUAAUGUAACAAUUGUGAAGUUAAAAAAAAAAAAAGCUACAUCAAAUAUCGGUCAUACUCACCUGAUCUCAAACGAACAUGUGCAUUGCAAUGAUUCCUGCACCUGUUUCCAGCAGAAUUCUGUAUCACCCAGCUGAGACUGGCUUGGCUUAAACAGCCCUAGUCUGUUAGAAGAUUGUAAGUCCAUUUGGCUGAACACACCUAAAGGAUUCUUCAAGAAUAGAGUGUGGGGAACCAGUUUUUUUUUAAUUGUAUUAAAUUUGUUUUAAUUUGUGGCUGAUCUGGUAAAAUGUGGGAAAUCAAUUAAAAAUGAUUUGGCAAGGGGGGGAAAGGAUUCCUGAAGAUUUGGAAUCCUUUCUUAUGAGCUCCCACACCAGUACAAUGGUACCUCAGGUUACAUACGCUUCAGGUUAUAGACUCCGCUAACCCAGAAAUAAUGCUUCAGGUUAAAAACUUUGCUUCAGGAUGAGAACAGAAAUCGUGCUCCGGCAGCGUGGCAGCAGCAGGAGGUCCCAUUAGCUAAAGUGGUGCUUCAAGUUAAGAACAGUUUCAGGUUAAGAACGGACCUCCAGAACGAAUUAAGUACUUAACCCGAGGUACCACUGUAGUGGAUUUAUAAGGGGUUGUUUUUACUUACCAGUGAAAUGCAGAAGUGGUACAGGAUGACAUUUUGAUAAAGACAACACGUGGACAAUGCAACAGCAACAACCCCUCUGAUCAUGAACACCACCGAUUCUGUAACAGACUCCUAACUAUUUAUCUACACAAUUUAUUAAAUCCUUUGGCUUAUUUACACUAAUUUCACCGAAUGCUUUUGGCAAUACAGCAAUUUUUAUUUCAACCAACAGAUGGCGCUGAAUCCACGCGUAAAUGCAGAUAUUCCCCUUUAACUGUUUUAGUUGCCAUGCCUUUGUAAUGGGCUUUUUAAAGGCAAUUAACUCACUGGAACCCAGUUCCGGCGACUUUCAGGUAGGUGCCAUUUCUGUUCCAAGAGAACGGGGGAGGCGUUCAUGGUGAGUUCCAGCACCUCUUUUUCUAGAGAAAUAGAAAAUGGCUAUUUAUAUUUAAAAAAGAAAAAGAAAAAAGAAACAGGCUUAAGAAUAUGUGAGUGCAAUGCAACACAGAUUUUUUUAAGCUGCUUGGUUUGCCACAGUCUCUAUAUCUAAUGGUUUAUACAGAUAAUGAAACAGGUUCUGUUGCUUCAGAGCACAGGAUACAAUCUUCAUGUUGAUAUGUUUUCUUUUAUUGUUUCCAGCGUACACUAAGCCUCAGGUGCCAAACCACCAGUACCUUGAGCCUGAGAGGGCCAAAGACUUUAGCAAAUCCACUCCUCUCCUGCUGUCUGAGGUAGGACUAUGUUGGUCUGCCUGUAUCAUGUUUACUAAGUCCUUUUGCUGCUCAGGCUAAAACUGCACCAAAUAUUUACAGGACUUUUAUACCACUUUAACAGUCACAUCUUCCCUGCAAAGAAUCCUGGGAGCUGUAGCUUGUUUAAGGGUGCUGAGAGUUGUUAGGAAACCCUUAUUUCCCCUCACAGGACAGGAUUUCUCAGAACUCCCUGGGUAGUGGGGGUAGGAAAGUUGGAAAUAAUUCACAUGCAACCAAUGAGUCCCUCCUAGCCGGAGGCUUAGUUUGGUCAGAAUCAAGCAUGCACUUCCAGAGUUAAGGAUAAGUACGUUACGUCUGGUAAAUGACCCACCAUAGCCACUAGAGGGCGAAGGAAAGAUUGAAAGAACCACUUUCAAGGGAAUGGACUUGAAAAUGAAGUAGGAACUGUUUAAAGUUCUACCCGAGAUAAACUUAAUUCACAUUUAGUGCGCCUGGCAAUUAUGGCAACUGCUUUCUGAUGUUUUUGAACUAAAACAGUUAAACUUAAUUAAACCGAACAACUUUAUUCCAAGCCCUGUCUAUUUUAAUAAGAAAAAUCAGAUGGAUAUCCCCCUUCCCACAAAAAGCAUUCUGAUGUACUAAUAAAAAUCGGGAAGUCAAGAACCAUAGUCAUUCAACAAUCAUCUUCUGCUUGCACCAAUCACAUCCCUCCAUCCUUUCAAUUCCCAUUGCAGCAAAACACUCAAACAUUCCAUGACCAAUAAUUAAUAUCCACCUUGGCUUGAUUUGCAGACGGAAUCGGACACAGCUUCAGAAAUCAGCUUCCAGUUCAGCAGGCACAAGAAGACACCCAGUGUGGGGAGCCACUCCUCUGAUAUGGCCUCCGUCUCCUCGGUAAGCAGAGGCAGAUUUAGAGGAGCGUGAUUGAUUUGGCUGCACUGGGCGUGAAACCUCAGGGGUGCCGCAAUGUUGCAACUAUUAUUUAGAAUUGAAUGGGGGGGUCUAAUUCUGGCAUCACACAGGGGGCCGCUGAAAUUUAAGACCCCAAGGACCAAGAUCUGGACCAAGAUCAUCUAAUGAAAUUCACGGCUGAGAGAGGAUUUGAACCCUGGUGUCCCAGGUCCUAGUCUGAUACUCUAACCACUAUACCACACUGUCUCUUACUGUCAUUUGUUAAGAAUGCUGGGAAUUGUAGUUCUGUGGAGGGGGUAAACUACAGUUCCCAGGAUUCUUUGGGGGAAUCCAUGUGUUUUAAAAGAAUGUUGUGUACACAGACCAAGUUGGGUCAUUUCUCCACAUUAUAAAGCAAUCCUGAACCUAUAGACCUUCUAACAAUGAAUGAAUGAAUGUCUCUCUUGCACCUUGGACAGGUGAGUGGCAGUGUCCUGAGUGUCUACAGUGGUGAUUUUGGGAGUGUCGAUGCCCAGGGACACGUUCAGUUUGCCCUGGAUUAUGAUGAGAAGAACCGGGAAUUUCAAAUUUUCGUUUGUCAGUGCAAGGACCUGGCCAUUGUGGAUGAAAAGAAAGGAAGGACAGACCCGUAAGUGGAGAUUAAAAUGUUGAAGUAAUGUUGUAGCAAAGCAUACAUUUCAUAAGUGUUGCUGAGGCAUUCCAGCAGUUCCCCUUGGGGACCUGGUGCUAAAAUUCUAAACUCUGGAAUUGGGGUGGGGAGGGAAACGGCACUAUCACUUCCAAUUAAUUGUAAGAGUUUUUUAGGGCUGGAUUGGACAGUAUCGCUCCCUGGUCAGUCUCAUACAUAUGGAAGGGGACCAGAGCAUAGUGCUGACCUUGAUUCUGUUACAUGCCGGUCUCUGGCAUCCUUGGACAUCUGCUCAGGACCAUAAGAUUCAAAUGUUGCCUGUACAGUGGUGCCUCGCAAGACGAAAUUAAUCCGUUCCGCGAGUCUCUUCGUCUUGCGGUUUUUUCGUCUUGCGAAGCACGGCUAUUAGCGGCUUAGCGGCUAUUAACGGCUUAGCGGCUUUAAGAAAAAGGAAACAAACCCGCAAGAACUCGCAAGACGUUUCGUCUUGCGAAGCAAGCCCAUAGGGAAAUUCGUCUUGCGGAACGACUCAAAAAACGGAAAACUCUUUCGUCUAGCGAGUUUUUCGUCUUGCGAGGCAUUCGUCUUGCAGGGCACCACUGUACAAGUAAUAUCUAGUACACGUAGGAACAGCCUGCAUGGUCAGUUACCAGAGAUUAUCUGGGAAAUUUGCCAUGUGCAUUGGAUUUUCUACAUAUAGGUGAAAAAUUGCAGCCACAAAUGGACAUCCCAGGAGGGAAGUAAUCAAGCACUCAGAGUGUGCAUAGAGGGCAGGUGUGCUAUAAAGCCAUCUUCAGCCCCCUGUCCACAGAUGUUCAUAAAAUCAUAGAACUGUAGAGUUGGAAGGCUCCCCAGGGAUCAUAUGGUUCAACCCCCUGCAAUGCAGGAAGAUCAACUAAAGCAUCAAUGACAGAUGACCAUUCAGCCCCUGCUUAAAAACCUCCAGAGUCCACCACCUUCCAAGGGAGUCUGUUCCACUGCCAAACAGCUCUUCCCAUCAGAAAGUUCUUCUUGAUGUUUAGUUGGAAUCUACUUUCUUGUAACUGGAAGCAGUUGAUUGUUGGACUACAACUCUCGUCAUCCUCAGCCAGCUUAGAAAUUGUAGUCCAACAUAACAUCUGAGGAUCCGGACUGAAUAAUACUGUGCGUUUAGCUUUUCUCUAUGGCUGGUGGGCUGGGCUGAUGAGAGCUAGCACCCAAACCAGCCUUUAGCUGACUGAAUAGUCCAGCAAACUUUGCACAACUUUGCAAAUGAAACAUCCUUCAUUUUGAGAGGAAGAAUGCAAACGUUCCUUGUAAAAGAACACUCUAUUUCAUUGCCCUACCCCAGUAUAUAUCUCUUUUGCCACCUCUCUCCCAGGCAUACAAAAGGCUUUUGAUGUCUCUUGAGUUCUGGCAUGAACUGGUGUCUCCAGCCUGCUUACCUGCAGAUAUAUCCUUUUUCUGCCCGCCCCCUGCCAGUCACAAUCUCUGCCCAGCAGGUCACAGGCAACAGGAAGUCAUGGAGGACCUCAGAUGGGAGAUACGUCAGGAUCUUUAUCCACCAUGAAGUUCUAAUAAUAAUAAUAAAUUUUAUUUAUACCCCACCCUCCCCAGCCAAGACUGGGCUCAGGGCGGCUAACAACCAAUAAAAAACAAGUUGAUUGAAAUGCAACCUAAAAAACAAGAUUAAAAUACAACAUUAAAACAAUAAAUGCAGCCUCCUCACAAGAGGAGAAAGGAAAAAGAAAUAGGGGGAGGGAAUCAAAUUGACUCCAAGCCAAAGGCCUGGCGGAACAACUCUGCCUUACAGGCCCUGCGGAAAGAAAUCAGAUCCUGCAGUGCCCUGGUCUCAUGCGACAGAGUGUUCCACCAGGCCGGAGCCAGUGUUGAAAAGGCCCUGGCUCUGAUUGAGGCUAAUCUAACUUCCUUAGGGCCCGGGACCUCUAGGGUGUUGCUGUUUAUUGACCUUAGGGUCCUCUGUGGGGCAUACCAGGAGAGGCGGUCCUGUAGGUAUGAGGGUCCUAGGCCGUGAAGGGCUUUAUAGGUCAAAAGCAGCACCUUAAAUCUGACCCUGUACUACACCGGGAGCCAGUGCAGCUGGAAAAGCACUGGGUGAAUAUGCUCCCAUGGCAGAGACCCCAUGAGGAGCCUCACUGCAGCAUUCUGCACCGGCUGGAGUUUCUGGGAUCUUUAUCCACCAUGAAGUUCUCUCUUCCAAACUGUGCUGCAGGGCAUAUCAGGCUUCGCAGAUAAACUCCCUAACCCCCAAAUGAACAAAAAGGAAAAUAUACAUUCUCCUUUAAUACAGAACUGUCCAUAUAAAAGCAUAGCCCAUACAGACUGUCAAUAUCAGCAAAGUCCAGUUCCUUCACACCUUCCCAGUCCCAAUUAAACAUGAAAGUAAGAAUCACAAGCAUUCUUAUAAUAUGAGCACUCCUAGAUCAGGCAAAGGCCCGUCUAGUCCAGCACUCUGUUCUCACAGUAGCCAAACAGAUGCCUUUGGGGAACCUGCAAGCAGGACCUGAUUGCAACAGUACUGACUCCACUUGCAGUUUCCAGAAGCUGGUAUUCAGAGGCAUACUGCCUCUGACAGUGAGCAUAGCUGUCAUGGAUAGUAGUCAUUCACAGCCUUCUCCUCCAUGAAUUUAUUUAUUUACUUCAUUUAUUUUAAUUUCCUAAAGUUCAUAUUCUUGAUUGCAAAGAAGCCCUCAAAGCAAGUGGCUUACAAAAAGUACUAAAACAAUUGUUAUCAGUAACAACAGUUUAAAACAACCAUUUGCAACAUUUUUUAAAAAACAAGCUAAAAACAUACUAAAGCACAAGUCAACAUCUUGCCUAAGCAAAACUGUUUAUCACAGGCACCAUAAUGAAGGUGCCUGCCUGAUGUCAAAUAGACAGGGAGUUCCAAAGUCUGGAUGCCUCCACUCUAAAAAGUACCAAUUUCUUAGAAAUGUGCAUUGAGUAUUAUGACCGUAUUUUUCGCUCUACAAGACGCACCAGACCACAAGACGCACCUGGUUUAUGGAGGAGGAAAACCAGAAAAAAAAUAUUCUGAAUCUCAGAAGCCAGAACAGCAAGAGGGAUUGCUGCGCAGUGAAAGCAGCAAUCCCUUUUGCUGUUUUGGCUUCUGGGAUAGCUGCACAGCCUGCAUUCACUCCAUAAGACGCACACACAUUUCCCCUUACUUUUUAGGAGGGAAAAAGUGAGUCUUAUAGAGCUAAAAAUACAGUAUGUGGCACCUGUUAUACUGCCAGUUCUGCAGAUCCAAGUGGUUGAAUGGGUAUAUAUGGGGUCUUAUCCUCUUUUUAAGGGCAUUUAAAGGGCAUCCUCUUAUCCGCUUUUUAAGGGCAUUUAAGUUGGUGACCAACCCUACAUUUGUCCCUGGCUCCACCAGAUGAAUUGUAACUCAGCACAGACACCAUGUUGACAACCCAGCUGUUGCUGACUGUCAGGCAUGAUCCUGUCAGGCAUGAUCCUGUCAGGCAUGACUGUUUGUAUGCAAGAUCCUAACUGUGUUGAAUGUUAACUCGGUGGCUGCCUCUUCACAGGUACGUCAAAACCUACCUGCUUCCAGACAAAGCACGGAUGGGCAAGAGGAAGUCAUCUGUGAAGAGAAGAACUGUUAACCCCGUUUUCAAUGAGGUGUUGCAGGUAAGGAAUAAAUACCUAGGAAGGUUAGGAUUUGUGGCAAGGGAGGAGGUGGAAUCGAGGAUAUAAUUCUGAAUCCAAUCUCAGGCUCCCAUCACACUAGAGCUCAGGACCACUACUGAGAAUAUCCUGUAGAGGGCAUGGCUGGCUGCUGGCUGGGACCAUGAACAGGAAUUAAGAGGUGAUGAUACACAGCAGUAUUUAGUUUCAGGCCCCAUUUGUUGUUUUAUAAAACAAAUGUGUAGAAGUGUGAACUACAUGGGGCUACAUAAACAAAGUGUCUCCUCUUUUAAUUUAUUGUGAGCAAAAGCUGUGUUUAGCUUCAGUUGAAUGGGAUAACAAUGAUCCCUAUAUACCAGGGGUCAGCAAACUUUUCCACUGUCCCUCAGACCUUGUGGGGGGCUGGACUAUAUUUUGAAAAAAAUAAUGAACGAAUUCCUAUGCCCCACGAAUAACCCAGAGAUGCAUUUUAAAUAAAAGCACACAUUCUACUCAUAUAAAAACACCAGGCAGGUACCACAAAUAACCCAGAGAUGCAUUUUAAAUAAAAGGACACAUUCUACUCGUGUAAAAACGUGCUGAUUCCUGGACCAUCUGCGGGCUGGAUUUAGAAGGCGAUUGGGCCAGAUCUGGCCCCCGGGCCUUAGUUUGCCUACCCAUGAUAUACACAUAUGCAUCCUGUUCUUCUGUGAACUGUCUGGUGGUCUCCUAUCCAAGCGAUUAGCCAGCUCAGUGCUGCUUAAUUCCAUCAAUACUAUGCCCCCGCCCCCAGAACCCUCCCCUCAGCACUAUGAGAUGGUGACCAUUAAGAGAACAGAAGUAAAAACAAUGUGUGCAAAGUGAUAAAAGUCGUUUCUCCUUUCUCCUCAGUACAAAAUAGAGAAAAUGGUCCUGCUGAUUCAAAAACUAAACCUCUCCAUUUGGCACAAUGACCCUUUGGGACGCAAUAGUUUCCUGGGCGAGGUGGAAAUAGACCUUGCCAGCUGGGACUGGCAGAACAAUAAACUGAACUGGUAUACGCUCAAGCCACGGGUAAGUAUAGUUCAGCAGGGAUCUUGAUAAAUAUAGGUUCUUAUAUAGGGUGAAGGGCUUAAUCAUACAUUCACAUUUUUCUUUUAAGAAAACUUCAGUCAUUCACGCACACGCGCGCACACACACACAUUUCUGGAACGGAGCCAGUGUGCUGUAGUGGUUAGCAUGGAAGGGCUAGGACCUGGAUGACCAGGGUUGUAAUUCCCACUUGGCCAUGAAGCUCACUGGGUGACCUUGGGCCUGCCACUGCCUCUCGGCCUAACCCACCUCACAGAGUUGCUGUGAGGAUUAAAUAAAAAGGGGGAGAUCCAUGUGCAGUACGUCACUUUGAGUUCCUUGGAGAACAAGGUGGGGUAUAAAAGGGGUGGGGUGUUGCCUAGCAACCAGUUAGAAUGGCAUGAUCCUUGCUGAGGUAACUCAUGCUCUGAUUGGCUAUGUAGCUCUGAGGGAGUUAUCCUCAGUAUGUAUUGUGGAAUUUCUUAAGGCCAGUUCUAAGAAAGGCAAACUCAUUUCUCCUCAAACUAUAUACUCUUGUCCAGCUUACCUUAGAUCAACAAGGAGAAUUUCAACAUAAUUUUAAGCAAAGAUCUCCUUUAGUGCAGCAUUUCUACUUGCCUACUGUCCUUUCCUCCCCUCAUGCGCUAUUCUGGUGGCUUUACUGAUCCUCCUGAGCCAAUUUGGGGACAACCCAAAGCCCUGUUGUGCUAGCAGAAGUUCUUGUGCAGGCUUCCAAUGGUGGGAACAGUUAGUCAAACCUGACCCUGUUUUCAUUCUCUCUCUGGACUUUGUCUAUGUUCUUCAAGUGCUAGCAUCGUUCCCCUACACACACACACACACACACACACACACACACCCUGCCUUUCUGCUUCCACUCCUGAUCACAGCCUGCCAGGGCUGCAUUUCAUUUAAAAACUACUCUCAACUGCCAUGGAAAAGAGAUCAGCAUUGCCCCUCACAUCUAGUUUUGCCCAGAGGCAAUUUUGCUGAUUUUGAUGGAGAGAAAUUUGAUUGAAUUUUCAGCAUAGGUUUUCUGAUCACCAGCUGAUUUGAAAUCCCUCGCUGUGGUUUUCUGCACACCAUGCUUCUCACAGUCCUUUCUCUUUCAGAUCCUCCCAGCCAUCAAUCAUGUCGACCAUCGGGGUGUGAUGAACCUGUCCAUCAAGUAUAUCCCACCAAGCAGUCUAGGUAAAAACCACAACAGUGAAGAUUUCAGAAAGCGUCUCCAUGUUACUACAGGGUUGGGUACCGUGCACCACCCAUUCUCAUUAUUAUAUAUUGUUGGGAAUCAGAAUGGAUUCCCCGCCCCUGCAAGCCACACUACAUAUAUCAGGGCUUCCCAAACUGUGUUCCAUGGACCACCAGUGGUCCUUGAGCUUCAUUCAGGUGUUUCACAGCGUGCCAAAUAUUCAUUUUGAUUUUUUAUCUGCUUUUAUUUCUUACAUACUUUAUUUUAUCAUACUGCAAUUUGAAUUCUUUGGAACGCAAGUUGUACUAAAAUGUCACCCUGGGACAGUGUGUGGAGGGAGAAAAGCUGAUGACUGAAAUUGAAUCCCUAAGGAUCUCAAAAGAGAGAAGAGAAUUUUAGAAUUCUCCCCGCAGCCCAACAGCACUAAAUAUUGGACAAUUAGGAAGAAUAGUUGGACCACCUGAGAACAGAAUCAUAAAGACCUAUGGGGUCCUUUCAUGCUGAGGUCUAUGUUGUUCUCCCCUCUUAAUUUUCAUAACAGGCCUGUAAGGUAGGUUAGGCUGAGAGGGAAUGGCUGGCUCAUGAUCACCAGCAAAGCAAUCCUAUGCAUGUGAAGUCAGAAGUAAGCUUCAUGGUAUGGAAUGGGCUACCUUGCAAGUUUGUCAUAGCAAACUUCUUUUCUCUUCAGCACAUGGGGUGAAAGAGCUGUGGCUCAAUGGGAUGAGGGCCAUAGCUCAGUGGUUUGCAUGGAAAAGGUCUCAGAUUCAGCCAAUUUCAUCUCAAGAUAAGGCUACAGAAGACCUCAAAGCCGCUGUUGGUCAGAGUAGACAGUACUGGGAUAGAUGAACCAAUGUUCUAACUCAGUCUAAGUCAGCUUCCUAUGCAGGGCCAGCUCUACCAUUAAGCAGUGAGAGAACCCCCUCAGAUGGCAUGUUCUGGUGGUUAGCAGCAGCCUCCUAGCUGUACACAACUGUCUCUGCGAGUUAGAGUUGGCUGGGAGACAGCGACUGAGCCCAGGUCACCCAACGAGCUUCAUGGUUGAGUGGGGGUUUGAUAUAUCCUUGUCAUAGGAACAUAAAGAGCUGUCAGACCAUUGGUCUCUCUAGCCCACUGUUGUCCACAGUGACUGGCAGUGGCUCGCCACGAUUUAAGGCUGUGGUCUUCUCUCACCACUGUACUUGGAGCUGCUGGGGAUUGAACCUGGGACCUUCUGCAUGCAAAACAGAUGCUCUGCCACUGAGCUACAGUAUUCCCUAUACUUAAUGGCACCUUUCCUAGGCCCUGUCCACCAUCAAGUCCAAUGUUCUGGCUGCUCCACCACAUUUCACUCUCUGUUUAGACUUGUUUUAUUAUAACUAUGAAUUGGUGGCACUUGCAAACUUAAAAGUUUAAGGAUUUCAAUGCCUACUUCAUGGCAGGUCCAUUAACUCCUCCAACUGGAGAGGUCCAUAUCUGGGUGAAAGACGCUAAAGACCUCCCACAGUUACGUCCUUCUGGAGUGGAUUCCUUUGUGAAAUGGUAUGUAUGUCAUUUGCUGUGCAUGUGCGCACACAGAGAGAGAGAGAUGUAUUUGCAGUUAACAUAAAUUCCUUUUCUGACCAGGGACAUCUAUAAUCCCAGUGCAGAAUUAGUCAUAUUAGGAAGAUGCAACCCCUUAAGUAAUAUUUAAAUGUGGACUGAGACAGAGCCAGUGCUGAUUGGUUCUCAUUGGGCAGAAGGCAGGGAGACCUACCGUAGGUGGCAGCAGAGCUAAAGACAGGCAGGGUCAACUAAUUCAAGUUUUGUCCCCAUCCUCAUGCCUGCUGAGUUCUGCAAGGGCAACCGGGCGAUUAAAGAGGGGGAACCUGGCAGGCAGUGCCACCCCCUGGACUGUUUUGCAUGCAAGAAGCAGGUGGGAGCCAGCCAAGCUUAGAAUGAGGUUGGAGGGGGCACCAAAUGGGCCAGCCUCCAUUGGAUAGAGCUGAGAAUAAGGAGGCCCAUGGUUUGAAGCUCCCCUCCACUGUGGACUCGCUUGAUGGCUUUAGGUAACCCCCCUCUCUCAGCCUCAGUAGUUUCCUUCCCCCCCAUUACAUUAUGGGGGAUAUUAAUAUCCCUUACAGCGUUGUGUUGCAAAGAUUACAGGAAGAUUAGGGACUGGAAUCUGGUGGCCCUCAACCUAAUCUCAUGUGGCCACUAAUUCCACUCAGGUGAAGGGAAGCCCAGAGAGGGAAAAGGAGGGGAGCCAAAAUGGAUGGAGUGAUGGAAUGAACAGAGGGGGAAAGCCCUCUGCAAGCAAUUGGUCCAGGUCAUGGACUAGAGUAAACAGUCCAUCCCAUAGCAGCCUACUGGGUGGCAAGGGACAGGGAGAGGUAAAGCGAAGCCAGAGAGUUGGGCUAGAGUGCUGGGGCACAGGCAUCGCUCUCUUUUGGCUCUGGCUUUACCCACCACUGUCAUGUGGGCCCUGAGGAAAUGCAGUCCUUCUCACAAUACCCUUCUCCUGAAGUUCAUUCCAUAGCUCAGUUGGUAGAGCAUGAGACUCUAAAUCUCAAGCUCACGAGUUCAAGCCCCACGUUGGACAGAAAGAUUGCUGCAUUGCAGGGUGUUGGACUUAGACCUCAGGGUCCCUUCAGGCUCUACAAUUCAAAAUUUUUAAUUGAUUUUCACAAAAUUAAAAACACACUAACAAAUAAACAGACAAACAUAAAUCAUAAGCUUAUUAAAACUAAUCUCCUUAACAUUGUUAAGUGACUUCCUCGUAUUCCCCCUAGUUGAAUUUCAGUGCAUAUCAUUUUAACGGUUUUCCAAAUCAAAGUUCUUAUAAUUUUAACUUAAUCACUUAACAUCACUCUUUCUUACCAAUUCAGCAUUAAACAUAGUAAUUAUCAAGCUCUACAAUUCUAUGGACUAUGCAGGCGAUAUACUUUGAACUAUUGAAAUAACUAUUCCAGUGUUAAGUAGUACGCAGCAUCAUCACACAGGGUGUUCAGAAUGACAGCAGCAUCUUCCUUGCUGCAGUUUCACUGCCCCUUGCCAAGGCAAGGCAAGUUUGGGGGAGCUCCAAGUUGAUGGCACUGCUGCCCUUCUGGUCCUCCUGACCUCACCGCCCCCCAUCUUAUCCCGCCCCACCCUGGUCACAACAAAUGCAGCUAUACCACUAGGAGGGUCAACCUACUUCUGCUGCUCUGCCCCCUUACCCUCAGAUUCCACUGCUGGUGUAAUUACUAUUAUUGUUAUUAUUUGUUUGCAGGAGAGGGGGUUGGUAUUUGAAGGAACAUGCAAAUAAAGAACUGUUGGCAUAUAUAACAUGAAACACUGCUUCUUUUUAAGCUACAUCCUUCCAGACACCAGUAAGAAGAGUUAUCAGAAAACCAGAAUUAUCAAGAGAGAUUCAAACCCUGUCUUCAAUCACACCAUUGUGUAUGAUGGAUUUCACACAGAAGAUCUGAAGGAUGCUUGUGUGGAGCUGACCGUCUGGGAUCAUGAAAAGCUGACCAAUCACUUCCUUGGUGGCAUCCGACUGGGAGUAGGGACAGGUAAGUGGGUCACCUGCUCUCAUCCUUUGAUUUUCAUUUAUGGGAACAUGGAACACAGUCUGUCAUCAAGUAAUUACUACGACUACAAAGAGCUGGCAUCAGAAUGUUAGACCUGGACUGUAUUUAAAUAAGAAAGAAUGUGUGUGUGCUGCGAAGGCUUUUCUUCAAGAGGAGGGCUUGGCUGAAAAGUAGGUUUUGUUUUGUUUUUCAAUUUUUUUUAUUAAUUUUCCACAUUUUUAAACAAACCAACCAACACACAUCAUCACUGGACUUGGUCCAAUGUUAAUAUCAUAGUUAAAUGACUUCCUUAAAUUCCCUUGACUGAAUAUCAUUGUAACGGUUUUCCAAAAUAGUAUCUCAUAAAAUUUACUUAAUCCUCUUAACAUCUUUAUCUAAUUUUCAUCUUAACUUUAAACAUAAUGUUUUAUAAUUUCACAUAUUUAUAUCCUUAGCCUAUCUGUUAUUUUGCAAGUAUUUCUAUUUAAUUUAUCUUAGCAUAUUUGAAUAAAUAGUCUUUAAAUUUCUUCCAUUCUUCCUGGUAUUCCUCCUCCUUCUGGUCACGGAUUCUUCCAGUCAGGUCAGCUAGCUCCGAAAAGUCCAUCAUCUUCAUCUGCCAUUCCUCCACUGUUGGUAUUUCUUGUGUUUUCCAAUUCUUAGCUAAUAAAAAUCGAGCUGCAGUUGUGGCAUACAAAAACAAUCUAACAUCUUUCUUGGGCAAUUCCAAACCUGUUAUUCCAAGAAGAAAGGCCUCUGGUUUCUUAAGAAAUGCGUAUUUCAACAUUUUUUUCCAGCUCAUUAUAAAUCUUCUCUCAGAAGUCUUUUACCUUGGAACAGGUCCACCACAUAUGGUAAAAGGUACCCUCCUUUUCUUUACAUUUCCAGCAUAGAUUAUCACUGUUGUGAUAAAUCUUUGCUAGCUUUACAGGGGUCAACACCAUCUAUACAUCAUUUUCAUUAUAUUUUCCUUUAACAUUGGACAUGCAGUGAACUUGACCCCUUUCCUCCACAACCUUUCCCAAUCUUCAAACAUUAUGUUAUGUCCCACAUCUCUUGCCCAAUCUAUCAUCAUGGAUUUAACUUGUUCAUCCUUUGUAUGCCACUCCAACAGUAAAUUAUACAUUUUAGACAAAUUUUUAACUUUAACAUCUAACAACUCCGUUUCCAAUUUAGUUUUUUCCAAAGCAAAACCAUUUUUCUUAUCUAUUUUGUACAAUUCAUUAAUCUGGUAGUAAUGUAACCAAUUUAUUUUAUCUUUAAUUUGACCAAGUGGUUUUAAUUUAAAUCCUUCAUUAUCUUCUAGUAACAAAUCUGAAUAUCUCAACCACUAGGUUUCCAUGUUUGACUUUUUCUGAGCCUUUGCCUCCAUUGGCGAAAGCUAUCUGGGUGUUUUCCUUUCUAAAAGAUCUUUGUAUUUAAUCCAAACAUUAAAUAGAGAUUUCCUAAUUACAUGAUUUUUAGAAGCAUUAUGGGCCUUUACUUUAUCAUACCAUAAAUAUGCAAGCCAUCCAAACACAUUGUCAAAUCCCUCCAAAUCUAAAACAUCAGUAUCUUCUAGUUGUAUCCAUUCCUUAAUCCAGCAAAACUCUGCUUCUUCAAAAUAGAUCUUCAAAUCUGGCAGGGAAAGUCCCCCUCUUUCUUUGGAAUCUGUUAGUAAUUUCUAUUUAAUUCUGGGUUUUUUCCCCUGCCAGAUAAAUCUAGAUAAAGCUUUCUGCCAUUCUUUAAAAUAUUUCAUAUUGUCAGUAAUUGGGAGGGCUUGAAACAAAAACAACAUCUUUGGCAAUACAUUCAUCUUAACUACAGAUAUCCUGCCCAUUAAUAACAAUUUCAAAUUCGACCAAAUCUCCAAAUCUCUCUUAAUUUCAUUCCAUAAUUUCUCAUAAUUAUCUUUAUAUAAAUUCAAAUUUUUCACUGGCAAAUUAACCCCGAGAUAUUUAACUUUUUUCACAAAGACUAGGCCCGUCUUUUCUUGUAAUAACUUCCUUUCCUCAUUGUCCAGAUUUUUCUCUAAGACUUUGGUUUUGCUCUUAUUUAACUUAAAUCCUGCUACCUGCCCAAACUCCUGUAUCAUCUCCAGUGCUUUUACUGCACUGGAAUCUGGUUCUUGAAGUGUCAAUACCAAAUCAGCAAAGGUUUUUAAUUUGUAUUGUUUGGAUCCUACUACUAUACCUUUGAUUUUUUUCUUUCUUUUCUUAAAUAAGAAAGAAAAUGUGUGUGUGCUGGGAAGGCUUUUCUUCAAAGAGAGGGCUUAGCUGAAAAGUAGGUUUUUUUGUAAGAUUCAGUUGACUUCCAGAUUUUGGCGGUUGUGGGGGGGGACUUAAUUUGAAAGCUAGUGGUUGCAGUGGGUUGCUUUUGUUCUAUUUUUUACUUAUUUGAUUGUCCCUGCAAAGGAUAAGUCUCAGAUAAAUUGGAGUCUGGCAUCCCAUCCAGAAGCUCUCUCUCCAUCUAAACUUGUAAACCUGUUACAGUUUACUUUCCCUUUAAGAAGGUUCAGCAGCUUUUAGCAACCUACUUUCCUUUGAAGCUCCAAGUCUGCCUUGGGGUUUUAGAAGAGACCUGGAGAGGCUGUUAACCCUAAUGGAAGUCCCAGCCCAUUCUCAUCACCAAUAACUUAAUUUUCAAAUAAUACUGUUAAAGAAAAUAAAAUUACUUAUUGGUGGCCAUCACUGCCUCCAGUUCCAUAGUUUGACUACAUAUUACGUGAAGAGCAUGUCCUGAAUCUUCCAACAUUCAGCUCCAUUGGUUUUCAAUGAGUUCUUGUGUUGAGAGAGAGAGAGGAAGUUUUUCUCUAUCUACUUCCUCCAUGAUGUUCAUAAUGUAAUUGCUCCUUAGGUAUAUAACAGUCCUGCAGAGAAUGCAGGAGACUCAGAAAAGAAACAGUUUAGCAUAGGACAGCCCCUUCCUGCAAUUAUUUCUACAGUGAUUCACCACAUCUUUCUUUCCCCCACCCCCCAAAAAAGGUAUUAGCUACGGGUUUCGUGUUAAUUGGAUGGAUUCCACACAAGAGGAGGUGGUCUUUUGGCGGGAAAUGAUGACGACACCAAAUGAAUGGAUUGAAGGAUCAAUGCCUUUGCGCUCCUUGGCAGGGAAAAAGAAGUAUAAAUGA